AUGUUACAGCUGCGACGCGAUUGGACACAUGGCCCGUCACUGCCCAACAAAGUCGGGAAAAGGACCAACCGGAAGUUAGGAGCAAGGCCUAUGCUCACCGGUUAUGCACACCUUCCUUGUCGUCCCCAGCUUCCACUGGUUAAGGUAUUCAUAGAAAGUAUUGGUGAAGUAACUGGCCUGGUUGAUACAGGCGCUAGUAUGUCUGCUAUAAGACUUAGUGUAGUAAAAAAUGUUUUGGAUCCUAAGCGUGGAAAAUCUUUUUUGAAUCUAACUGGGGUGGAUGAUAAAAAAGUUAUGGUAGAUUCUUUUUGUUCUUUAAAAGUAAAAUGGGAAAAUAAAGUGGUUGAGUUAAAUGAAGUAGCCGUAGUUAAAAAUUGUCCAUUUGCAUUGAUUCUUGGUGUAGAUUGGAUUGUGAAAAGUAAAUUGAAUUUGAUUGUAGAAGAUGGUAAAAUUGUGUUAAAAUCUCAGGAUUCAAACCAACCAAAAGUUAAGAAAGUUCGUUUUGCUGGAAUCGAAGAGCAAAAUAUUUGUAGUGAAGAGGAUGAUGAGAACGAUUUUUUUGUGUCUGACGAGCUGAUUGAUUCUUUAGAGGCAGAAAAUAAAACAAAGAGGUGCCCUCGUGUGAUAGGCACAGAAGUAAAAGUUGUGGAAUCAGCUGUUAUACCAGCAGAGUCUCUUUGUUUUGUAAAAGCUAAAAUUUCUAAGAAGUUCACUGGUAAUGUUAUCGUCAGGCCAAAUAUGUGUGCUCAUCCUGGAAUGGAAUGGAUUAUUCCAUCCUGUGUAUUAAAAGUGUCAGCGGGAAAACUUAAAAUCCCCGUAUUAAAUAUGAAAAUGUCAUCUCUUGUGUUACGUCGUAAAGAUUUUAUAGCGUAUGUAGAUACAGAUUUCGAUAGCAACAUGGUCGUCGUCGGACAAGAAGAACAGCCAGAAAAUCCCGUCUGCUCCUUCGUCGAAAAUGCUGGUGAAUCCGAUGAGAAGCUGAAGACCCUGAUGGACGCCCGCGUAGGCGAAAAUUUGUCGGAAGAAGAGAGGAGUGCCGUUUUCGAGCUCUUGAGCAAAUAUCUUCGGUGUUUCCCCUCAUCAGAUGGCGAACUUGGAUUUACAAACAUGGCGGAGCAUUUCAUCGACACUGGCGACGCUCAACCAAUCAGCUGCGUCCCGUAUCACGUGUCAGCUAUGGAACGAAGGAUCAUAAUCGAAAAAGUCGCCGAAAUGCUGAAACAAGGUAUCAUUCGUCCGUCAUUUAGUCCGUGGGCAGCACCGGUAGUGCUGGUUAAAAAGAAAUCGGGUGACUUUAGGUUCUGCAUCGACUUUAGACGUUUAAACGCGGUGACGAAAAGAGACGUGUACCCUUUACCCCGAUUGGAUGACGUUUUUGAUCGUCUUGCUGGUGCGAAAUAUUUUUCGAGUUUAGACUUAAUGAGUGGCUAUUGGCAGGUGCCCGUUGCCUCCGCUGAUACGUGUAAAACAGCGUUUGUCACUCCAGAUGGAUUGUAUGAGUUUGUUCGUUUGCCGUUUGGACUGAAUAAUGCACCGUCCACUUUUCAACGUCUGAUGGAUCGAGUGUUAGCUCGACUGAAAUAGCAAAUGU